AUGCAGUGCUCCGGCAAGCGGAUAUGGUGGUCAAAGUGUGCACUGUUCAUGUGUUGUGCUGCAAAAACAGGAGAUACCCCAUCCCCGCCCGCAAACCGCUUCCUCCUCCUGCAUACCACCCGCCGCCACCGCCGCCACCGCCGCCUCGAGGCCGUCCGCAAGGGCAACGCCGCCGUCGGCGUCCGCGGCACCGACACCGUCGUCCUCGGCGUCGAGAAGAAGUCCACCCCCAAGCUCCAGGACUCCAGGUCCGUGCGGAAGAUCGCGAGCCUGGACACGCACGUCGCGCUGGCGUGCGUGGGGCUCAAGGCGGACACGCGGGUGCUCAUCAACCGCGCGCGCGUCGAGUGCCAGAGCCACCGCUUCACCGUCGAGGACCCCAUCACCGUCGAGUACAUCACCCGCUACAUCGUCGGCCUGCAGCAGAAGUACACCCAGAGCGGAGGAGUCCGCCCGUUCGGCCUCUCCACACUCAUCGUCGGCUUCGAUCCGUACACGGACAAGCCCGCUCUGUACCAGACUGACCCCUCCGGCACCUUCUCCGCCUGGAAGGCCAACGCCACGCGGAGGAACUCCAACUCCACGAGGGAGUUCCUGGAGAAGAACUACAAGGACACCUCCGGCAAGGAGACCAUCAAGCUCACCAUCCGAGCCCUUCUAGAGGUAACGUUCCUCCUGUUAUCCGUGUUGUUUGAUGCGAUUUAAUGGCGAGUAAUAUGCACACACCUGGUCCGCCUGAGGCCCCCGGCCUCCUAUGAUGGGUUCUACCACACCACAAAAUAUGUUACAACCAAUGCCCAUGCAGUGGCCACCAGGUCCGCCACAACAGCCUCCUCAGUUCAUGCAACCAGCGCCACAACAGUAUCGGCCUGUUGGUCAGGCCAUGCCAGGAGUUAACAUGGGCAUGCCAGGGCAGAUGCAACAUUUUCAGCAACCUAGGCCACAUAUGCCUCAUUCUGGUCAUGUUCCGCCUGCAUCACGAGUUGUUCCUAUGCCAUACCAGGCAGUUAGACCUAUGUCAUCAGCUCCUAUACAGCCACAGCAGCAAGCUGUAUUCCCGGGUGGACAUAUGCCCACCAUGGGCAACCCUAUGCCGCCUCCUUCUUAUACCUAUCAACCAACAACGAUUCCUCCUGGAGCUCAACCCUGGGGUACAGUCCCAGGUCAGGGCGCUCCUCUUGUGUCACCAAUGGUGCAGCCUGGGCAUCAGUCUCUCUCAGCUUCAGUGCCCCCAGUGAGCUCAACUGAACCUAGCUCUGCAGAUUGGCAAGAACACAGUUCAGGGGAUGGAUGGAUAAGCUUUAAAUGCACGCCCGCCAAAAGAUGAGUUAGGUUUUUGUCUACCCCCAAUGCCUCCAAAGCUCGGGCUAUGCUACUGAAUGGCGCAGUUAGGAAGGGGGAGCGCCUGGUUCCUGCUGGAACAUUGGAUCUUUUUAUGAGAUGCACAUUUCCCGUGCCUAAUGCACGUGUCAAGGCUACAGUAAGGUUUGAAGCAGCCUACCCAAUAAUAAAGGAGUUGGCUCUUGUUGGUACUCUUGGCUCUAAAGCUGUGAAGCAAGCAUCACAACAGCUUCUGCCUUUGGCUGUGAAGGCAAUGCAAGAAAAUAAUGCAGAGCUCGCCAAGGAGGCCACUGAUGUGUUCAUCUGGUGCCUGACUCAGAGUCCAGACUCCUACAAGCAGUGGAGAAUAUCAAAGCUAGUGUUGCUGUCCCGAGGAAAAUCACUGCUGACUGGAAGACGCUCUCACCCAAGCUGAACUCUGAAGCUCUUAAGGCAACCCUGAAGAGCCUAAAAGCUAAGGUUGUCAUGGGCUCCACAUGCGUCCUAUUAUUGGCCCUUGAUGCGGCGCCUCGGCCUCUCAUAGAGGACCAGAAGCUUGCGGUAGCAGGAGCAAAAGCAUCUCCGAGCCCUUCGGCCCUUCCUGACGAGCUGCACCUCAUAGUUCACCACUGGAAUCCAUGCUUUGUUUUUGUCGCUCUCAGGUUUGCGUAUCAUGCCAAAUUGUCUCUGGCCUGCUUGCUCGUUGUUUGUUGUCUCAUUUGUCUCUCGCCAUGGAAGAAAUAUAAGAGUGUUUAUAUAGUGCCCUAUUCUAGCAUUAUUGAUGAAUUGUAUUCGGAGACUAAUAUGAUGAAUUGUAUUAGGAGACUAAUAUGAUGAAUUGUAUUCGGAGACUAAUCUUCUAUUGUAUUCGAUAAAUCUGCUGUUUAUAUGCUGUACUCUUUAUAUUCUAUGCAGUAAUAUGUUUUGUAA